AAGUGUCGGGGGAGAGAGGGAUGACGGCUCUGCUGCUGCUGCUGCUGCUGCUGCUGCUGCUGCUGCCCUCAGUGCGGCGGAGGAGAGAAAGCAUCUUUGUCUGCACAGAGCAGCUCUGCUGGGCUUCCCUGCCUGUCUGCUUUCAUCUACACAGCAACAUCUAAAGAUAAGGGAGACUCUUCCUGAAAACGGGGUUCGCGGAUUCAUCUGCCGCAUUCAUCUCAGCUUAAAUUUUCGGACUUUUCCUCCCCGUUUCCUUCUCUCUUCCUCUCUCUCUCUCUCUCUCCAUUGUGCUUUCCGGGGUUUUUUUUCUUCUUCUCUUUUUUCUGUUGCCUUGCUGGAAUAAUCCAACCCUCCCUCCGUGUCCAUGUGUCGGAUCGCUGGAUGAUGCACAGGAUAUUGGGAUGCUGAGCAGAGUGGAGGCUGUACCUAGGCUGCAUGCCUAGCUAACCCAUGGAGAACUGACAGGAGCAGUGCUGGAUGGAGGCCAAGUCACUGGAUGGCGAAGACGAGGAAGCACACAGUACUGUGGAUCGCUCGCAUUGUUUGUUCUCUUCCUCAGAUGAAAAGUAGAUGCGCCUCGAUUGUCAAGAGAUGGCAAAAACAGAUCAGGAUAGGCAGUCAGUGCUGAACAAACUGUGCUGCACAUAGGAUUUCAAGUGUUUUUUUUUUUCUUUCGCCAAUUUUAUGGUGACUUUGAAAAUAUUAUAGACAUUAGAUAAAAUUCCCUGAUUAAAUUGGAGAACACACAGACGCCAACAAUAGGAAGCAGAGAGAAACCAUCAUGGGCAGCUGUGAACACAAGGUGUCCCGGUUUUUGUUUUUAGCGUGUUUAGCGUUGACAGGAGUAGCCUUGGAGUACGAAGGGGUACCUGGUCAGUGGACUCGCUAUGCUCAGUGGGACGCUAAGACGACAGGCGAGCUGAGCUUUAUUCUGAAGACCAACAUCACCAAAGCCCUGGUCCUCUACCUGGAUGACGGCGGGAACUGCGACUUCUUGGAGCUCCUGAUCGCAGAGGGGAGGCUCCAGAUGCGAUUCACCAUCCACUGCGCAGAGCCGGCCUCCCUCCACACGGAGACGUACGUCAGUGACCAGCGUUGGCACAGAGUCCUCCUCACCCGCAAUUACAGGGAGACCCGAUUAAUGCUGGACAAUGAGGAGAAAGUGGCCGAGGUGAAGUCCAAGAGGAAAGAGAUGGUUGUGGCCAGCGACUUGUACGUCGGUGGGAUCUCACCCGAUGUGCGUCUCUCCGCUCUGACGUCGAGCACCGUCAAGUACGAGCCCCCGUUCCAGGGCUUUGUAAGCAAUUUGAAAGUUGGAGAUGCUCUGCCUGUGCUGCUGGAUGGUCAAGCCGUGCACAAUGAUUUGGAGUACAUAUGUGAGGCAUACUCACCCUGCAGCAACCAAGGCCUGUGCUCUGUCAGCCAAGGAGAGGUCCUCUGUGAAUGUAUCAAUACCAGCUUUAGGGGAAGGUACUGCCAAGAAGCUGUCCAGAGAGAAGUUGAAGGUCUGGCGCACCUGAUGUUAAACCGCCAAGUUUUACGCCAAGGGCGCCAAGAGUCGGUGGCCACCUUUAAAGGCAACGAGUUCUUCAGCUACAACCUGUCCACGACUCCCAUUCAGAGCAGUUUGGAUGAGAUCACGCUGUCCUUCCGGACCCUGCAAAGGAACGGCCUGCUGCUCCACACCGGGAAGUCAGCCGAUUAUGUUAACCUGUCGCUGAGGAACGGAGCGGUGUGGCUGGUCAUCAACCUGGGCUCGGGGGCCUUUGAAGCGCUGGUGGAGCCUGCCAGUGGAAAGUUCAAUGACAAUGUUUGGCAUGAUGUGCGAGUGACACGCAACCUUCGCCAGGUGACGAUCUUAGUGGAUGGGAUCCUCACCACCACUGGCUACACCCAGGAGGACUACACCAUGCUGGGCUCUGAUGAUCUCUUCUACAUCGGGGGAAGCCUGAACACAGCCGACCUGCCUGGCUCCCCGGUCAGCAACAACUUCAUGGGCUGUCUGAAGGAUGUGGUCUACAGGAAUAAUGAGUUCAGACUGGAACUGUCACGGCUGGCUGAGCAGCGGGACCCCAAGAUCAGUAUCCAUGGCGACCUGAUAUUCAGCUGCGAAAACGUGGAAGCUCUGGAGCCGGUCACCUUCGACACGCCGUCUGCCUACCUGACAUUGCCCAGGUGGAACACAAAGAAGACUGGCGCCAUAUCUUUCGACUUCCGCACCACAGAGCCCAGCGGCCUGCUGCUGUUCAGCCACGGCAGCCAGCAGGGAGAGCUGCCCGACAGGAAGCCCCGCGCGGACUUCUUCGCCAUAGAGCUGCUGGAGGGAUUUCUCUACCUGGCCAUGGACAUGGGCUCUGGCAGCAUUAAGAUUAAAGCCAGCAACAAGAGGCUCGACGAUGGCGAGUGGUGGCAUGUGGACUUCCAGAGGAAGGGGCGCAACGGCUUCAUCUCAGUGAACAGCCAGAGCAUCCCCUUCACUGCCAACGAGGGCAGUGAGAUCCUUGACCUGGAUGGAGACAUGUAUCUGGGAGGUUUACCCGAAGAUCGGCAAGCCCUCAUUCUGCCCCCUGAGGUGUGGACAGCCUCCCUCGGCCUCGGCUUCGUGGGCUGCGUGAGGGACCUGUUCAUCGAUGGACAGAGCCGCAACCUGUGGAGGCUGGCCGAGGUGCAGAGUGCUGCGGGUGUCAGCAGUUUCUGCACCAGGGAGACUCAUCUGAGGUGCUCCAGAGACACGUGCGCCAAUGGCGGACACUGCAGAGAGGGCUGGAAUCGGCAUAUUUGCGACUGUGGCGGCACAGGCUACGUGGGCCCCAGCUGUGAGAAGGAGGCCACAGCAGUGAGCUAUGAUGGCAGCAUGUAUCUGAAGGUGGUGCUGCCGAGGACGCUGCACACAGAGGCCGAGGACGUGUCCCUGCGGUUCAUGUCCCAGAGGGCCUUUGGUUUGCUGAUGGCCACCACAUCUCAGCAGUCAGCGGACACCUUACGCGUGGAGCUGGACGGAGGCAGAGUCAAACUCACUGUCAACCUGGAUUGUAUCAGGAUAGACUGUAAUCUCAGCAAGGGACCAGAGACUCUUCUUGUAGGCGAGAAACUGAAUGACAACGAGUGGCACACAGUGAAGGUGGCGCGACGUGGGAAGAACUUGCAGCUAUCAGUAGACAAUGUGACAAUGGAAGGCCACAUGACUGGUGCCCACACCCGCCUGGAGUUCAACAACAUCGAGACAGGAAUCAUGACAGAGCGCCGCUUCAUCUCAGUGAUGCCCUCCAAUUUCAUCGGCCACUUGCAAGCGCUCUCCUUCAAUGGGAUGCUCUAUCUGGACCAGUGCAAGAAUGGAGACAUUUCCUUCUGCGAGCUUAAUGCUCGGUUUGGCAUGAGGCACAUUGUGGCCAACCCUGUAACUUUCCUAACUCAAGCCAGCUAUUUGGCCUUUUCGACCUUGCAGGCCUAUGCUUCCAUGCACCUCUUUUUCCAGUUUAAAACCACCAGUGCGGACGGCCUGAUAUUGUACAACUCUGGAGAUGGCAGUGACUUUAUUGUGGUGGAGCUUGUCAAAGGGUACAUUCAUUAUGUGUUUGACUUGGGAAAUGGACCGUCACUAAUGAAGGGAAACUCUGACAAGCCUCUCAAUGAUAACCAGUGGCACAACGUGGUGAUCUCCCGUGACAACAACAAUGUACACGUACUCAAGAUUGAUUCCCGUACCGUUACCCAACACACCAACGGAGCCCGAAACCUGGACCUAAAAGGGGAGCUAUACAUCGGUGGUGUUGGAAAGAGCAUGUACAGCAGCCUUCCCAGGUUAAUAGCUUCUCGGGAAGGAUACAAGGGCUGCCUGGCUUCUGUGGACUUAAAUGGAAGGCUCCCUGAGCUGCUGGUGGAUGCCCUUCACAAGGUGGGAGAGGUGGAACGAGGCUGCGGAGGGCCCAGCACAACCUGCACAGAGGACUCCUGCCACCACCAAGGUGUGUGUCUGCAGCUGUGGGAGGGCUUCUCCUGCGACUGCACCAUGACCACCUACGGGGGACCUUUCUGCAGUGACCCUGGGACCACAUACAUCUUUGGCAAAGGAGGGGCCCUCAUCACAUUCACCUGGGCCCCCAAUGAAAGGCCAAGCACCAGGGCCGACCGGUUAGCCGUGGGCUUCAGCACUCAACAGAAGGAGGCCAUUUUGGUCCGCGUGGAGAGCACCCAUGGGCUUGGAGACUAUCUCCAACUGCACAUUGAUCAAGGGAAAGUGGGUGUCAUCUUUAAUGUGGGAACAGAUGACAUCACCAUUGACGAGCCUGCCGCCAUUGUAAAUGAUGGCAAGUACCAUGUUGUGCGCUUCACACGCAGUGGUGGCAAUGCCACUCUCCAGGUGGACAACCAUCCAGUCAUUGAGCGGUACCCACCAGGACACUAUGAUAAUGAGCGACUGGCUAUUGCUAGACAAAGAAUCCCGUACAGACUUGGUCGGGUAGUUGACGAGUGGAUAAACGAUAAAGGGAGACAGCUGACCAUCUUUAACAGCCAGGCGGCCAUUAAAAUUGGCGGCUACGACAAGGGUCGGCCCUUCCAGGGUCAGAUUUCCGGGCUGUACUACAACGGCCUCCAGGUGCUCAAACUGGCUGCAGAAAACGACCCGAGCGUUCAGGUGGAAGGGAACUUGCGCCUGGUCGGAGACUCGCUCUCCGCGUUGACUACGGACACCACCUCUGUGACACCGCUGGCCGUGUCCGACAUGUCCACCACAAUUAUGGAAACCACAACCACCAUGGCUACCACCACCACCCGCCGGCAGCGGUCUCCCAGCUUGAGGGAGAGCAUCUCAAAGCCUCAGAGCUCUGAUGAUAUUCUGGUGGCAUCAGCUGAGUGUCCGAGUGACGAUGAGGAUCUGGAAGAGUGUGAGCCUGGAACAGGAGGUGAAUUAGUGUUGCCUAUUAUAACAGUGGAUUCCCUUGAGCCCCCAUCUAUCGCCACUCGUUACCCUGUAAUCCCUCCUCCCCCCACCCUCCUCUCCCCUCUUGAAACCACCAAAGAGUCCCUGAUCCUCCCCCCUCAUCCCUCCUGCCCCCCGGACCAGGAGGACUGCGGUGACCCUGUGGAAGUCUCGGCCUUCGGCUCGGGGGAGAUGACGGAAUCGGAUGAUGAGGACUUUUACAAUAAUAACUCCCCCAUGGUCACUGACAGGACAGUCCUUCCUCCACCUCCCGCCGUCGGUGAGGGUGGAGUUCAGAAAUCCCGCCCUUUACCUCCUUUUGUUCCCACAACCAAUCCUGACCAGCUCCACAUUCCCGCAGGCAAAAUGAACACCCGCGACCAGGUGCUCCUGCCCCCUGCUCCUCCAUCCUCCCGUAACACACCAGGACUAACGUACCCCCCCAAUUUUCCCCAUGUGCCCACAGCCAGUCCCACAGCCUCUGAUGAAAAGAACCAACCAGGCGCCGUAGAAGUCAUCAGGGAGUCCAGUAGUACAACAGGGAUGGUGGUCGGCAUCGUGGCUGCUGCUGCUCUCUGCAUCCUCAUCCUCCUCUAUGCCAUGUACAAGUACCGCAACCGGGAUGAAGGCUCCUACCCAGCAGACCAGGGUCACAGUUUUGCCAACAAUUCCACCGUGGAGGGCAACGGAGCAGUGGUUAAAGACAAAAGCACAGCCACCGCCUCUGUGGCGAAGGCCAUCACAAAGGGCAAAAAGAACAAAGACAAGGAAUACUAUGUCUGAAAGAGAAGGAGAAUAGGCAACCAUGGACUGAGACUGGAGGAUGAGAGAGGAUGCUGUUUUCCUUUUUGGUUUUUUUGGUUUUGUUUUUUGCAACCUGAAUCCAUCAGGUAUCUGAAAAACUUCCCAGACCGCAAGGAAACAUUCACUCGAAGCGAAUAGAUAUUGGUUUCCCUACCGUCAAGGAUGCCCAGUUCCCCAGCAGUGCUAUAUUCCCCGUCAAUGACACGAGAUCUAACACGUCAUCUGUGUCAAAAUGGACACUGUAUUCACCAUCUCUUUGUUGGUGUACGAUUUUUAUUUCAUGUUUUUAACUUAGCUAGAAAAGAGAACAUCCACUUAGGCUUUGUACAUAGCAUGGAUAUGGUACUGUGAAGAAAGUGCUGAGAACAUCCAGUUUCUUUGGACUUCUUUAUAAUUCUCUAUCCUGAGUCUCAAUGUCCCCAUUAUGAUACAUGAGGCAGAACAGGCCAGUUAUUGAAUUUUUAUGGUAUAUGAGCAGCAAGCGCCCCGGCAGUCAUCCCGAGCGCACUCGAAGAGAAAGCCCUUUUCACUAUGAGAAGACAUCACAUCGGCAGCCUUCGUUUUAUGUUAUGUGUUUCCUUUUUUUUUUUUUACUACCCCGAUCGCUCUGCGUCCGUCCGUCCUCCUGAGAUGGGAUUAUUUUCACUGGUGGAUACUUGUACUGUAAAUGAGCCAGGACAUCUAGCUCUGUCUAAAAGUGGUCAUGAAAUCACUAUUCAUACCUCUACACAGCAGGCCUCGAAUGUUUCAGUCAGAUGAAUCUGAGGAAUUGUGUGAUAUAAUGAAGGGAUAACUGUGAACAUGUGAAGGUAUUCCUCUACAAACACUGCUCGUAUGUACUGUACAUAUAGAGGUUAACGGACUGACCAGGAUGUGAUCACAUCCAGGACUGUUGGUCCAGCACCCACCAUUGAUUCCAUCGCCACAUCCAAACUGUUGCAGUUCGAUGGAGCUUUGAGAAACGCAAAAUCCCACUUUUGAAGAGCGUUUUGGAGAAAGGCCGGCUCACUAACAACCUUUUAUUUCCUCUAUUCUGUCAUUGGGAAUUUAAAAAGCACACUGAAAAUGGAAGCGUAGCUCUGAGACAUAAAAUAAUCCUUGUAAAGCAGCCAAAAAUAUUGAUUUUUUUUUCUAUCAGUUAUCCAAAAGACUAUUCUGUGGGAUGAAUAAUUAAAUUUGUGAACUGUAAUAUUUCUCUGAUAUUUCGAUGUAUCUUGUCACCACUCUUCUUAACACACCACAUUUUAGAUUGCUUUCUACUUUAAUCCGGACAAAAAAAUAAUAAAAGAAGCACACUCUCCUCUGAUAGCUGCAAAUAUCAUUGUUUUUUCCCAUUGUUUGCCAUUCAGGUAAUGCAGAGGAAACCGAAGGAUGGAACCAAUCAAUGUUUUAUUUUGUUGUGCUUUUUAUAUGUGCUGAAUCUCAGUGAAUCUGAUGAUAACUUUUUGUUUUCAGUUAUCUGCUCAUGCUGUGUGAUUUCUUUUUUUUUUUUAUGAAAGUGCCAUUUAUUGUGAGCUGCUCAGCGCUCAGAAAAUAUACCAUUCCUCACUCAUUGCUAUUGUAUAGUGUUCAUGUGAAAUGGAUCUUAAUAUGUGUACAGAACGUGGAUAAAGAUGAAAAUACACUUGAUUAUAUACUUUGUA